UUCCAACCACGGUCACACUGAUCUCUAAUAUUUUCUAUUUUCAAUAAUAAAAUGGGAGAAGUUAAACCCGCAAAAGUGGAAAACUGGAGCGCAGGAACGUCCGAUGCAAACACACUGUUUGCGGAUGGUGAACGGGUGCUGUGUUUCCACGGCCCGCUCAUUUACGAGGCGAAGGUGCUGAAAACAAAGCCUGAUGCGACGCCGGUCGAAUACUACAUUCACUACGCAGGCUGGAGCAAAAACUGGGACGAGUGGGUGCCCGAAACCCGAGUUCUGAAGUACAAUGAGGACAAUGUUAAGCGCCGCCAAGAGCUGCUGGCGAGCCAAAGCGCCCCCUCGAAGAAGGACAAUAAGAAAGGCAGCGCCAAGGCAAAGAAAAUGGAGCAGAUAAGGAACGAAUCUCGCGCCUCCACACCUUCAAAGGAUAGCAACACAUUGCAAGCGACAGUCAGUAGCACACCUACGACGAGUGCGGGACCGACAACCAAGUCAGAUGCCAUUACCACCACCAACACGGCCACCAACACCUCCGUCACUACCACCUCAACCAGUCGGGCCAAUCGAAAAUCGACACAAUCUGCUGCGGUUGCGGCUACGUCCGGCACGCCAGUUGACAAAAAGGAAGAUGCUAACACGACUGCGGAGAUCACAGAGGACGAGGCAGCCACACCGGUCGCGCCGAAAAAGAAGCGGAUGAGCGAACAGCGCCCGUCGCUGACAGGCAGCGAUGUUGCAGCAGAAAAGCCGGCUCCGGCGCCCACCACUCCAUCCACACCUACCGCAGACUCCGCAUCGUGUGUGGAAAGCGAAGAAGCGUAUGCCGCCAAGGUGGAGGUAAAGAUCAAGAUACCCGACGAGCUAAAGCACUAUCUGACCGAUGAUUGGUAUGCGGUGGUGAGAGAGCACAAGCUAUUGGAGCUACCGGCCAAGGUGACAGUGCAGCAAAUCGCAGAACAGUAUUUGGCGCACAAGAAGUCUGUGAAGUCGACUAGCGCCAGCAAGGAGGUGGCCAUUAAUGAUGUUCUAGAUGGCAUUGUGGAGUACUUUAACGUAAUGCUCGGUUCCCAGUUGCUGUAUAAAUUCGAACGUGCCCAGUACUCUGAUGUGAUGCAAAAGCAUCCCGAUACUCCGCUCUCAGAGCUGUAUGGCUCCUUUCACUUGCUGCGGCUCUUCGUGCGUCUGGGCUCCAUGCUCAGCUACUCAGCGUUGGACCAGCAGUCCAUGCAGAACCUGAUUUUGCACCUGCAGGAUUUCCUCAAGUUCCUGGUGAAGAAUAGUGCCAUGUACUUCAGCAUGAGCAACUUUAUCAACGUGGACCCCGAGUAUGUGCGAAAUUCACAGUAGUCGUCGGUCCGCAGACAAUCAAACAUCUCUCACCCUUUGACUUGAUGGAACGACUCUGAAGUGAAUAUUUCAUCCAAACAGUUUGCAAUAACUCUUUAGUUGCUCUUCACAACUGGUUUGUAAAUUAAAAAACGCACAUAACAAGUUUUGUAAUAAGCUAAUCGUAAUGAUAAUAAAAUGUCAGCACCUUGUAAAAAUUA